AUGGCGAAUUCAACAGACGGCAAUUCUUGGGACGAGUUCCUCCUCGGCAUGCCUCCUAGCACAGCUCUAUCAGCAUCCCUCUCGCCAGAUUCUCAAUCCCUCGAACACGGUUCCAUCUCGGAAACAGGAAAUUCGGCCGAGGCUCAAGAUUGGUUCUCAAGCGCUGGGAACAAUAUAACCAGCCUAGCAACGAUAGCGGAGGAAAACGCUCCACACUACCCGAGGCCCAAAAGGUCCCCAUCCAAAGUGCUGGGCGACUCAUUCUCGCCUCGACGGCAGAGUCAACUUUAUGUAUCACGUUCAGAGUUCAUCAGAGAGAUCCGAGCCAUGUCGGAAAAGGUGGCCAAAGCCCAAGAGAACGUUCGAGAUGUGCAGACGAAGCUGGACUCGGUUUUGAACAACCACCAAAAGCUUUCUCGUUGGACGGUCGACGUGUCUACCGCACUCGAUCAUGUUGCCCAACAAGUUUUGGCUAAGGAUGGAGGGGCUGUGGCGGGCCAAUGGCAUAUGCCGGACCUUCCUGCCCAACAUGUCGCGGACGAGAUCGGAAUGUCUAUGGUAGAUGAGGGCGAAUGGCACAUGCCAGAGGAAGAACGGCAGGUGAUAUGA